CUAGAAGCCGGGGCUACCCACCUUUUCAGUCGCCAUAUUGGAUAAUCCCAUAUUGACAGAUUUCGUCGAAUAUCUUCGUGGAUUUCAAGGAUUAAGAACGUCAACACGACCCCAUCUCUCAGUACUGUUAUAUAAGAUUGGCCGCCGACAAAUGUGACAGAGCCGGCGUAGGUUAACCCGGAGUUUAUUCUACUUUUAGGUGAUAGAUAGAUAGAUAUACACAGGAUGGGGGAUAGAAGACGUUCACCGAUGCGUGGCCCCCCUAGGGGAGGGCGCGCCCCCCCUGAACGUGCAGGUUAUAAAGUUCUGUGCGUUAGCUCUCUUCACCCGAAGGCCAGUGACGAUGUUGUGAGAGACACGCUGUACAGAGAGUACAAGAAGUAUGGGGAUAUUAGUGUCCGUGUAAUGCACGAGCCCGACGAACGAGUCGCGUAUGUUUAUUUUAGAAACUUUGAAGACGCGCGAGACGCGAAGCACAGUAAGUCCCGGAUUAUAUUGUUUGAUAAGCCCGCGAUUGUUGAAGCAGUGUAUGAAAGCGCUAGCAAAGAAGAAUAUGAAUCGCGUGGACGACCCCAUAGCAUCAGCCCGCCGCGCUACAGAGACCUCGGCGGUUAUGGUCGUCCAAGAUCACCCGAUCGUUACCGUGAUGAUGGAUAUAGAGACGAUUGGGACCGUCGUGGUCCACCAUCAAGAGGCCCCCCUCGUAGAGACGAUUACCGUCCUCCGCCUCGUGGCGGACACUACCGUGACGACUACCGUGGCGGAGGCCAUCGUGGUCCACCUCGCGGCGGAUACCAUGAACCAGGCUAUGGUGGAUCUAUUGUCCAGCGACGUGAAAAUAAAAAAGAUAAAUUCCCAAAUUAUCUCGACCAUCUGAUGCCUGAGGACGAUCCCCUGGCAACACGAACCUUGUUCACCGGCAACCUCGAGCUAAACAUAACCGACGAAGAGAUGAAGAGGAUAUUCGGCCGCUACGGCGAACUCGUGGAUAUUGAUAUUAAACGGCCACCGCCUGGAACUGGCAACGCCUACGCCUUCAUAAGAUUCGCCAACCUUGACCAAGCUGCACUGGCAAAACGUGAGCUCUCAGGACAGUAUAUUGGCAAAUUCCAGUGCAAGAUCGGUUACGGGAAAGUAAACGCUACAACGAAGGUUUGGGUUGGAGGAUUAGACUCUUGGGCCUCCCUAGGAAUGCUGGAAAGAGAAUUCGAUAGGUUUGGCGCAAUACAGAAGAUAGACUACAAGCCUGGAGACUCUGAAGCAUUCAUUCAGUAUGAAAGCAUUGAUGCUGCACAGGCUGCAGUGAACGAGAUGCGUGGGUUUGCGCUGGGAGGAUCAGAUAAGAGAAUAAGGAUGGAUUUUGCCGAUGUUGAUAAUAUGCCUCCUCCUCGGGGUUAUCAGGGAUCUGACUACGAUCCAGCGAUCGCCAGCGGGGUCCCGAGGGUAAGCCGAGGCCGCGGUGGUCGAGGAGGAUUUGUCCGCGGAGCCGGAGGGCGAGGAGAUUUUAACGGCGGAGCCGGUCGUGGAUUUGACGAGUGGGGGAAGCGUCCAGGAGAUGAUUUGGAUGGACCACCGAGUAGAAUGAGGAAAAUGGAUUCUAGCAGAUCUCCUGACAUUGACGAGAACGGUAUGAGGCGCGGGGACGGACCCAGCGGCGCUAAGAGUAUAACAGAUCUAACUAAGCGUAUAGAGAAAGUGUGGGAGGGAGGACUGAUCCUAAAGAAUUCUCUGUUCCCUACUAAACUGCUGAUAACGGAAGGAGAUAUCGAUGUUGUGGACCAACUUAUGAAGGACGAGGCUGGUCGACCUCACCUGAAGAUCACCCAGAGGCUGCGGCUAGAUCAGACCAAACUGGAGGAUGUAUCGAAACGUAUUUCAAGUUCCAGUUCUCACGCCAUUUUCCUAGCCCUAGCUCUUAGUAGUACACAGGUUCCACUAGCAGAUACACCAGACGUUAACUCCAGACCUCUUAGAAACCUUGUGAGCUACCUGAAGCAGAAGGAGGCAGCUGGAGUAAUUACUCUGCAGUCCCAGCACUCUGAGCAGACAGGGGUUCUGUAUGCUUUCCCACCUUGCGAGUUCAGUAUGGGACUGUUACGACGUGAGUCUCCCGGUUUAUCAGACGAGGGCAGCAAAGACGAUCAUCUCGUAGUUGUCGUUGUCCGUGGUGGGUGAUGGGAUGGGGGCCUUGAUCAGGGUUUCCAGAAGGUGCUGGAACAGCCCUGCCAGGGCUCCUUACAUGGACACACUGAGAGGGGGAGGAUGCUGCCCCCGCCACAUUGCAAUGUUGUGCCCCCUUCUCAGUUAGAGUUAAAAAUAUCUCGGUUAACUCUCUGAUCAAAUCAAAUCGAAUUCACCUUAAAAUUAUUUUUUAAACUUGUUUUCAGCGUUUUCUUAAGGGCAUGACAUAAUCCUUUAGAAAGACAAUUAAUGGAUCUUUCCAUUUUAAAAAGUUUGGCGGUUUUUGACCUGAUCAAAUGGCGGAUUUCUUCCAUGUCGUCUUUUCCCGCCAUAUUUUUGUCAAAUCCCGCAUUAAUUGUGUAUACUGUACGAAAUCUCCCAUCAUUAUAUAAUAUUCUUUCUGUACAAAUAAUAAAUCUGGAGCUCUCUAA